CCCCAGGUGCCCCACCGAGUGACAUCCGUGCCAUUUCUGAGGACUCUGAGAGCAUUAGGGUGGAAUGGGAACCUCCUCCCCUGGAUAAACAGCAUGGAGAUAUCACCUACUACAAGCUCAUGUUUGUCAACAACACAAGACCAGACUCAGAUGCUUCAGUUAUUUCAAUUUCUGAUCCCAGUCAGCGUGAUUAUCUAAUAACUAACUUGAAAAAGUGGACUGAGUAUCGAGUGUGGAUGCUUGCUGGAACUAUUAUAGGGGAUGGAGUCAAGUCUGAUCCCCAGUUGGUGCGCACAGAUGAAGAUGAUAAGCACCCACAGCUUCCUGGUCAACCUGAACACGUUAAAGUGGAUGUGAUCAACAGCACGAGCAUUGUGGUGACAUGGACUCCGCCAAAUGAGAGAGAGAGACAUGGAAUCAUUCGAGGAUACCAGAUCCAUGUUCAAGAGGUAGAAGAACGGGAUGGCGAGCAUGUAGGCCUUAAAAUAACUCCAUACACUGUCCACAAUGGGGAUGCAAAGAGUUUUAUUGUCACACAUCUCCAUCCAGACACCGAGUACCAAGUUCAGAUAUCAGCCAUCACACGAAAAGGUGAUGGAGCCAGAUCUGCAGUGGAGAGAGUACAGAUGCCAGGGGGAGUACCAAACAAGCCUACUCUUAUUGUAAAUGGCACUGUUGAUAGAUACACAGGGAAGCUCUCUGUUUAUGUGGAAUGGACGGCUCCAACAGAAACCUACGGAGAAAUUAGCGGCUACCGUCUUAGAUAUGGACCCAGAGGUGAACUCCUAGAGACCAUAACUCUGGAAGGUCGUUCAAUGCUCCACAAAACUCUAAAUGACUUACAACGAGGUAUUGAGUAUGAAUUUCGAGUGGCUGGUCGUAAUCACAUCAAUUAUGGACAAGAAGCAGUCAAGUAUUACAUUACCCCAGAAGCUGCUCCAUCUGGCCCUCCAACAAAUAUUACCUACAGAUAUCAGACUCCAGGGACAAUUGUGUUCACUUGGGAUCUACCUGUGCCAAGUAAAAGAAACGGAGUCAUCAUCCAGUAUGAGUUACAGUUUAGCAAGAAUGUCAUCCUCAAUAAUGACUUCAAGCACAAUAAAAAUGUUACUGAUGGUAAUCGCAUUGUCUUUAAUGGUUUGGAGGAAAAUAUGGACUAUACAUUUAAGGUACGGGCUUGGACCUCAAAAGGCCAUGGGCCUUAUAGUGAGAAUUUACACCUGCAUACUGAGCCAGACUUGGUCCGUGCUCCUAUGAACUUGAAGGGCCUUGCUACAUCAGAAUCCUCCAUUGAGAUCUGGUGGGAGCCAGUGCCCUCUCGUGGCAAGGUCAUAGGAUAUCAGGUUUUUUAUACAAUGUCUCCUGGACCUGACUUGGAUUUGUGGGACCAAACAAGUGUACCAAUAACACAUUCGGCUGAACUUCAGAACCUUGAACGUCAUGCUGAGUAUGCCAUUGCUGUAGCUGCAAGGACUGCUUCAGGUUUGGGUCGCCUUUCAACUCUGCUGCAAGUGCGAGUGAAACCGAUUGACGUACCUAUGCACCUGCGUGCUCACCAUGUAACCACACACUCUGCCAACCUUACAUGGGGUCCACCUAUCCAGCUUAAUCCCAUACAUUUUAAGGUGACCUACAGUGCAGUGAAAGAAUUUGUUGAUGCCCAAGGUGUCACACAGGUCCAGAGAGUCCCACCUGUUACUAAUAUUGUCAACUAUCGAAAAUAUAGUUAUAUUAUAGAGGACUUACGGCCUUUCACUACCUACACUGUGAAUGUCACUGCUGUACCCCAGACAAAUGACUACCGUCCACCUGCAAAAAUUACUGUCACAACUCAGAUGGCGGCUCCCCAGCCUAUGGUGAAGCCAGACUUCUAUGGAGUGAAAGGUGACCAUGAGAUUGCUAUGAUCCUACCCCAGGCCUCGGAGGAAUAUGGCCCCAUUGCUUUUUACUACCUCAUUGUUGUACCAGAAGACAAGGAGCAAAUCUUUAAGAAUCCUGAUCAGUAUCUGACCGAUGAUCUUAUAGCUAACAAAGCAGGAAGUAAGGAGGCUCUAGCAGAAGGUCCUUAUAUUGCUGCUAAGUUCCUACACCGUAAUAUCCCAUACUCCUUCUCUCUUGGCAAUGGCCAGAUAUAUGAGGGCUUCAAGAACAGACCUCUUCAGAAAAAGAAGAGGUAUGAUGCUUUACAGAAAGAAAAGAGAUAUAAGAUUUUUGUAAGAGCAGUGGUGGACACUCCCGGUCAACAUCUGUACACGUCAUCACCAUUUUCGGCCUACAUCUCACUUGACAUGCGUCCAGCACCCUCAGGAGAAUUACCCAGAAGGCCCAACCCAUUUGAGCCGACUGACCCAUCAGAUGUUCAUAUUCAAGACAAUGUGAAAGACAUGGAAAUGCUGAUGAUCGUCGGACCAGUAAUUGGAGCUGUACUUCUUGUGGUCAUCUCUCUCUUCUUGUUCCUUUUUGUAUGGAAACGUCGUCGGCAGCCAAAGUCACCAGAUCAAGCCCAAGUGACAAAGCCAUUAAUGGCAGACCUUGGUGGUAGCCAUGGUGGUGGAGUUGGUGGUGGUGGUGGAGGUGGUGGUGGUGUUGGAAUCAUCCCAGCUGCCCCAUCAGAUCCUGUAGAGAUGCGACGACUCAAUUUCCAAACUCCUGCCAUGAUCUCUCACCCUCCAAUACCCAUUGCACAAUUAGCUGAUCAUAUAGAAAUAUUGAAAGCCAAUGACAAUCAGAAGUUCUCCCAGGAAUAUGAGUCAAUUGAACCUGGACAGCAAUUUACAUGGGAUAAUAGUAACUUAGAAAUAAAUAAACCCAAGAAUCGUUAUGCCAAUGUCAUUGCUUAUGACCAUUCAAGGGUGGUCCUUCAGACAGUUGAGGGAGUACCUGGCAGUGACUACAUCAAUGCUAACUUCUGUGAUGGUUACCGGAAACAAAAUGCUUACAUUGCCACUCAGGGUCCUCUUCCUGAGACAUUUGGAGAUUUGUGGCGUAUGCUUUGGGAGCAACGAUCCUGUACCAUUGUGAUGAUGACCAAGCUGGAAGAGCGUACAAGAAUCAAGUGUGACCAGUAUUGGCCCUCAAGAGUGUCUGCCACCGAGACAUAUGGCAUCAUGCACGUAACACUGACUGAUGUGCAGGAGCUGGCUACUUACACUGUCAGGACAUUCCAGCUUCAGAGAUCUGGUAGCCUGGAUCGACGUGAGAUUCGACAGUUCCAAUUCACUGCUUGGCCUGACCAUGGUGUUCCUGAUCAUCCUUCACCAUUCCUCAUGUUCCUUAGGCGUGUCCGUCAUGUUAAUCCAUCAGAAGCCGGGCCAAUCACCGUCCAUUGCAGUGCUGGUGUGGGUCGAACAGGAGCCUUCAUUGUGAUUGAUGCCAUGCUGGAGAGAAUCAAGCAUGAACGAACAGUGGAUAUCUACGGCCAUGUCACCUGUCUGCGAGCCCAGAGGAACUACAUGGUUCAAACAGAAGAUCAGUACAUCUUUAUUCAUGACGCCUUGCAUGAGGCUGUCAUGGCUGGCAACUCUGAGGUCCCAGCACGUAGCCUGCAUGCCCACAUUCAGAAACUGAUGGCUGUAGAACCAGGAGAGAAUGUCACUGGCAUGGAGCUUGAGUUCAAGCGUUUAGCAAACAUCAAAGCUCAACCAUCGAGGUUUGUUAGUGCCAACCUGCCUGUUAAUAAGUUCAAGAACAGAUUAGUGAAUAUUCUGCCAUUUGAAGGAAGUCGGGUGUGUUUGCAGCCUCUUCGUGGAACUGAGGGAUCUGACUAUAUCAAUGCCAGCUUCAUUGAUGGAUACAGGUACCGCUGUGCAUAUAUUGCCACACAAGGUCCACUUCAGGAAACUGUAGAUGAUUUCUGGAGGAUGCUGUGGGAGCACAACUCUACCAUUGUGGUUAUGCUUACUAAACUCAAGGAAAUGGGCAGGGAAAAAUGUUACCAGUAUUGGCCCAAUGAGCGAUCUCAGCGGUACCAGUUUUAUGUGGUAGACCCAAUAGCCGAGUAUAAUAUGCCUCAGUAUAUUCUCAGGGAGUUUAAGAUAACUGAUGCUAGAGAUGGACAGUCUCGCACCAUACGACAGUUCCAGUUUAUUGAAUGGCCUGAACAGGGUGUGCCAAAAUCUGGAGAAGGUUUUAUUGAUUUCAUUGGCCAAGUGCACAAGACAAAAGAGCAAUUUGGCCAAGAUGGUCCCAUUACUGUCCAUUGCAGUGCGGGUGUUGGUCGCACUGGGGUGUUCAUCACCCUGAGUCAAGUUCUGGAGCGAAUGCAGUACGAGGGUGUCGUUGACAUGUUCCAGACCGUCCGCAACCUUCGUACUCAACGUCCUGCCAUGGUGCAGACAGAAGAGGAGUACAGGUUCUGUUACUUCGCUGCCCUGGAGUACCUGGACAGUUUCGAUCACUUCGUGGAUUGACUAACGAGGCCUGCCGGCUCCCGCCCACUGUCCAUAUGGAUCUGAGAAUACUGUUGGGCUAGCUCAGGUGUUGCAGGAAAGUGCUGAACAUAGCCACAUGGUGAAGGUAGACUACAAUAGAGAGUAACAUUUGUCUUCAUUCUACAGAGGUGCUCUUUGAAGGUAAAUUCAUGUGGUUUAUUGUGUGUUUCAUGAUCUAAUAUGUUUGGCUCAUGCUGUGAAAAACUUUAGUGAUACAAGCAAGUUGUCAAGCCCUUGAGUUAGCACUGCAUAGACUCCAAGGAAGACCUACAUGCAGCAAGUGCAAUAAAUUGAUAUAUAAAGAGUUGAAAUCAAAAAUGUCAUGUUGAACACUGCAUCCUCCAACAAAGUAUGCUAAUGUAAGUUGACUUGAGAGGUGGUUUUAAAUAAAAGUUGCUCUGUGAUUGCCACAAGUUCUUAACAGUGAUACACUAAGCAAAACCAAGCUGCCUUCCCAUAACUAUCAUAAGUUACAACAAAGAAGGUUAAUAACAUUAACUUCAGUUGACCUAAAUGGUUGAAAACUCGCAGGUAGUAAGAAAGCAAGUUCAUGAAAAUGAUGGCUAAAUAUGCCAUACAAGGAUUGUAACCAUGUUUGCCUUUUUCAUCUGGGGACAGCUCAUACAUGGGUCUCUUCUGAGGCCUCACAAUAUUAGGAAAAUAACACAAACUUAUUCUCAAGGAAUGGGCAGUGAGUGGUAAAGGAAAUUUAGUGAUCUCAAAAUUAUGUUCAUGUGGUGCUAUUGGGUGUGCCGACAACUCACCCAUAAAUUGUGCCAAGUUAUGGGCAUGGGCAUCAACUUGGUUUGUAAUACAUACUGUAAAAUGUAUUCACGCUAGUUAAUUAUAUUCCAGAAAAUCUAAUUCAUGCUUGUUCAGUGACAAAAAUUUGUGAUUUACUGAAAAUGAGCAUCUGAUACAGAAACUGACAAUACUGUCAUCUUUGAAGAAAAUAUGACAAAAAAAUGUGCUCUCAAACUUCCCGCAGAAAUUGCAUAAAAUGGAACAUCAUAAGUGCUUUCACAAACUGUAGUUUUAAGUUAAAGAUGUCUACACACAAAGUACAUAUAGAAUUAUAUCCAUGUAUAUAGGGAUUAUAUAUCCCAUGAACUCUAACUUUGACCCAUUACUGAUUGACCAGAUGUGAGAAAAGAAGUAAAAUGCGUAAUUAUAGGUUUCCAUUCUGCCAUUCCAUUUAUGAAUGUAAUUUUUUUUUAUUAAUUUUAUGUAUGAAUAUCUGGUAUUGCAUGAGUCUUGAAAGAUAUCUGUAUUUCAGUUAUUUUCAAAGUGACUGCUAAGGAAAAGCAUUUACUGGUACAGUACUAGGACAUUAAAACCAUUUGUAAUGAAAGUAACCUUUUCUUGCUGUAAAAUUACCCUUGCCUUGUUACCAUGGUGUCAUAGGUCACAUCUUGGUCCAAGUUUAUUACAUUUAUGUUUUGAUACAUGUUUGUUCAAUUUCAUUAUAGAUGACAGUGUUGCACAAGUAUUGUUUUUAUAUUAUGCGAUUCUGAUUAGGUUAAUAGUAUAGUACUUAUUUGUAAGCAUUUUAUAAAAAAAAUAAUUUCUACUUAUUUCACCUUGAUGAUUGUGACCAUUCCCUUUAUAUUAAUGUUUAAUUGUACUUUUUGUACAAAAUGUGUGUGUGUGUGAGUUGAGCAGGUGGGCCAAGUUUGAUACAGCAAUACGAGAUUAGAAGCAUCUUGCAACAUGGUUCAAAUUAGCCAGCCAGGUUCCUGUUCUCUUGGAAACCAUAUACAGUAUGUCCAGCAAAUCAUCAGAAUCUCUUUUAGAUUUGACAGCACAAAAGACCUAUCAGUGACUGGUAGCAUGCAUGAUCUUUAUAAUAUGAAAUGUGACAUAGCAUGUUGGUGUGUGAAAGAGGUUGUGAUGAAUUUUUUUUAAUAUGUUGGAGGAUUAAGUUUUAUAUGGUGAGAUUUGAUAAAUAGACUUGAAACCUAAUACUGUAUGAUCCUAUUCAUAGAUCUAUCACAAAGUUGUCUUCAAUUAGAUUUUAUUUCACAUUUUGGGGGAUGUAGAAUUUUUCAUAUUUUUGUUUGCCAAACACUGCAGUAAAAUUCUGCAGUACAUAUUAGGUAUAAGUUUUAUGUGACUUAUGAAAUGCAUAUCAGCAUUAUUAUGUGUUGCUUUACUGAAUUGCCUAAGUGCAUCAUAUACUGAGGUGCAAUUUAGGGUAAUGUCAAUUGGUUCAAUUUUAAUGAAUUUAUUUCUUGGUUUCUUAAGCAUACAAGGUACUUUUGAGGAAAAUGGGAAGCAGUUAUGGAGAUUUCUUGAAGUGACCCCAUCCAGUUUUAAAGGAGUGGUAGUUGAGAAGACAAUGAAGAUUAUUUCAUAAACAUAUCAUAUUUUGCCUUGAGAUGCUGUGCACCCUUCUAAAUGGACCAGUGUCACUGUGAAGAGAGCAAUAUAAGCAAUACUGAUGACUGUUAGUGAUGUCAUAAAUUGGAUGUCAUAAAAAAGAUGUGUUGUAAAAUUUGCACUUCAGUCAAUGCUAGAUAAGGUUUACAUGACUUCUUCAUUUUCCUCAACUCCACCUGGGUGCUAUAAAUGGCUGGUUACAGUGUAAUCAAUGCAAGUAACAGAGUAAUAGGUGCAAUCUGUGAAAAAAUACUCAACAUCAUUUGUAAUAAGACUGACGGUAGGUGUUAUGUACAGAUUCCUCCCACUAAUAACUGUUAAAAAUCUGAAAUUCCAGUGUGUAUAAUCUUUUUUUCUAAUGCAUUUCCUUUUGUAUAUGCAUUUAUUCUGUACAUUGCAGACCUUACAAAUGAAGAGGCUAUCAUAAUGGCAUUUUUGGGAUGACCAAACAAACAGAUUGUUGCAUACUGGCCACCCUAUUCCUGUUUGUGUGUUUUGUUUGCUUUUUAUUUUCCUUGUUUAGAAUCAUUACCACCUCAGAUCAACUGCCAUUAAGCUAUGGGGUAUGCGGCAAUAGACUCGGCUAACCACUUUGCUCUCUCCUGUCGUGCACAGCUGCCUGGAGCAUGAGGCUGCCUCUCUUACCACCCAUUCACACUAGCACUCUCGACUAUCACACUAAUCCCUUGUUAAUUCGAACUAAAUUUUUUGUUGAAAAAUUACUGCCUCAAAAGUAGUUAUGAUACUGACCAACAAUAAAUGAACCUGUAAUCUUAAAAAAAAAAAUUUAAUGGUUCGUGAUAACAAGGUAGUAGUGCACCAUGACCAACAUGUUCUUUGUAACCUGUACAAGGUGUAAUGAUAUCUAGACUGCACACAUUUUCAUAGUAAUGGUUAAUGGGAGGUAUGAGAGGUAGGACUUUCUAUCAAAAUUUCUCUACCCAUGCCUAUAACAUUUUGUUUUUACCUAGCUAGCAAUAUUUUGUAAUUCACACAUGUGAUGUAACAUAUUGUAAGAAUAAAAUGGAAACAAAA